GUGGAUAAGCCAGCGUGAGCUACGGCGUAGCUGAACGAGCGAUUUCUCGGGAGGCUUUUUGGGGUCAGAAGAUAAAGGGGGGAGAGUGUUAGAGAAAAGAGGAGGAAGAUACCAAGUUCAAUCAGAUUUUGGGGGGUGCUUGGAUCUUUUGCCCACCAUUAUAAUGCAUUUCGACGCACUUCCACAUUCGUCUGCUCACCUCAAAACAGAACGAAGCCUCAAACAGAACAACUUCCCCAUAGUCUAGCUAGCUAGUCAAGUGCACAGGUCAGGUACUAGUAUCUUUUCUUCUUUCUGCCCACACAUCACAAUAAACACACCAUAUCAUAGCAUCAUGUCAUCUCAAGCGUCAUCUUCAUCAGUAGAUUCAAGAGUCACAACGGCCAUAGUGUCGACGGUGGCGGCUCUGGCUACGGCAUCCAUUGUGUAUCAACAAGUGGCAGCCCGCGCCAAGAAACAAUCGCGAUACAAGUACGUGCAAAAGGAAAUUGAAACCGAAAAUAAGGCCCGAGACGAUGACAACGUCGUUUUGUCUAUCAUUUCCGAGUUUGACGACUUUAAAUUGGAGUACGGUGCGACUGUGGAAGACGCCAAUAAGAAACGGACGCAAAAGUACUAUCAGUUGGCGCGAGAUGCGCAUCUGUUUGACCUCGUACCGGCCGUUCGAAGUUAUCCUCGGCUGCGCAAUGAACGGGAAGCCGAAAUGAAGCGCAUUUUUCGGUAUCAAGGACAGAACAAAUCACAUCGAACCGUCCUUGUCAUGCUAGACGAUACCUCAGCUUCCAUGCUCUGUGAAGCCAGAGCGGAUAUUCUGCGACCAUUCGACUACAGUCAUGAUCCGAAAACGUCCACCAAAGCAUGGAUUCCGGCAGCUUCCAUAUUGCCAAAGGAACAUUUGCACGUCACAAUUGCCACUCCCUGGUGGUGGCACGGUAUGAGACCGGGAAAUGAGCAACUGUCUCAAGAAUUAGUGGCACGGUUUCGACAAGCACUGGUACUCGAAUUUCACCAUGCCUUUCAGCUUGAACUGGAACGCAUUGUACUCUUGGGAGGCAAGACGCUGGUAGCACUCUGGAGGUGUGUCGGGGAGCGGUCGGCGGGGGACUACACCAUCUUUGAUCGACAUGGGGAAGGACAAGACCCUAUUGUCAAAUUGCGACGUGACAUUGUUCAGUGCUUUACCGGGGAAGCCAAUAAUAACUAUGCAUCGGGGCAAGAACCUCUCACAUAUGCGCAUCGACACUUUGUGGAGGACCCAAUAACGCCUACAACAACAACAAUCGAAGAAGCCCCAUCCACAAAACCCAAGCGGCGCAAUACGAUAGAACUGAAGACACCAGGCUUGGGGGAUCGUGAUGGCUUUAUUCACACCACUCUGGCGAGGCUACCCAUCAGUUGUCUCGCCAUGUCGGAUUUUGAACUGGAACCAGUCCAUCGACUGGCACGGGAAGCUACGGCGACGUACUGUGGACAUCGCAUGGUAGUGGACAAGUUCCGAUUCGUGGAAACAACUGGGGAAGGGGGCGAGUCCAAUCCAUGUGUCGCUCCCAUCUUUGACGAAACGGUAGAAGCACCACGAAGAAUCGUGGCAAUGGGAAAUGUACAAGAAAUCAUGGACCUACACGCUCCCAAGAUUGUGGACCGAAACGCAACAAUUGGCAAUCUCCCACCAAGCCAUGCCUCCAAGCCAAGCAUGGAUGGACUGUUUAUUGAUCCUUCGGAUGAUGAUCAUCAAGGCAACAGCAGGUUGUGGCCAAAACAACAGGGUGUAAACACAGACGAAGUACAGUCGGCUGUGGCCGCAACAGGGUUAGGCAAUCCACUGCAAGAUUAAACAAAUUCUAUGGUCCAACUAUAGUACCGGUUGCAUCAUUGAAGCAAGCAGGUAAAUUCGAUUCAUUCGGGCUCAAAACCAGCAAACGCAGGGAUCCUUGAUGCUUCCAUAGCCAGAGCUUGACAGAGAAUUCAAUUGUGUAACUGUUCAUGGUGGACUUUCCAAUGUGGGCGAUGCAACGGUCACAUUGCCGCUGCGGUCGAAGCCCAACAUACACCGCGGCAAUCUCCGACCCUCUACUACAAUUAUGCACAAGUGAAAUUUUGGGCUCUUGAUACCAUUGUACACAGCCAUUUAUAGUUCCUAAUGUUCAAAAGUCCUAAUAAUGUUCAAAAACUACAAUUAUGAAAGCAGG